AUGGGCGCCACUGUCUCUGCGCUGGUGCUCCUGUGCCUGUGUGUGGCGGUGAACCAGGUGAUGAGUCUGCUGCGCAACAUCUCCGAGGCAAGGAGGAGCGGCUUCCGGGCCAUGAUUAUUCACCAGCCGUACUACAACCGACACCUGUGGCGCGACUGGCUCGGCGACGCCUUCAUUAUUGUCAGCCCCGGCCUCAUGGUGAUGCACGUAUCCAACGCGGAGCUCAACCACUGGAUCAUGAGCCAACGGGAGCGCUUCCCCAAGUGGACGCCCGCGUACAAGGUGCUUGCUGUGUUUGGCCCGAAUCUCGUUGUUACCGAAGGUCACGAAUGGCGACGCCACCGACGGCUGGCGUCGGGUGCGUUCACUGAGUCCAACACAGCGCUCGUUUUCCAAGAGUCUGUACGACAGAGCCUGAGCAUGCUGCGAAAAUGGACAGGGGAUUCUCAAGGGGUGGCGGGGACGGCGCAAGAAAAGCGCGCGGGCGGCAAAAUGCUGUUGUCUGUCCACGAAGACGCAACCAAGCUGACGCUACAUAUCAUCAGCUAUGUUGGCUUUGGACUGCGAAUGCUCUGGCCGUGCGAGACACAACCCGAAGACACAGAUGCGACGUUGACAAAGUUUUCAUCGUUAACGGCGCCAGAGGGUUAUCAGGUCGCGUUUUUGGAUGCUAUCGGGGGUGUGCUGCAUCAUAUCAUCUACGUGGUGAUAUUUCCCAUAUGGCUCCUCGGCUGGAUGCCGCUCGCGAGCGCAAGACAAGCUGGUCGGGAGGCACGUGAUUACCUGAAAUAUUCAAACGAGCUGCUUGAAAAGCGACUGCUCGAGGAUAAGCAAGCCGGAGGGGAGAUGAAAAGUCUCGGCAUGGACUUUCUAGGCCACCUGGUGCGGACGGGCAACGACGGCACUGCACUGGACCGCGAGGCCAUUAUUGGUAACUCGUUCAUCUUGCAACUGGCUGGGCACGAAACGACGGCUAACGCGUUGUUUUUCACAAUCGUCUUCCUGGCAUGCUUUCCAGAGGCGCAGCGGCGGUUGCAACAAGAUUUGGACGAAGUGCUGGGCGACACGGAGCCGAGUGCGUGGGAGUAUGCGAAAGUGGUCCCCGCCCUCCUGGCGAGCAAUGUUGGGGCGGCCAUGUAUGAGACUUUGCGGUUGCUGCCGCCAACGGUGAUACUACCCAAGAUGGCAGCGCAGGACGAGGCGGUGACCUUGGACGGGAAGCAGUACACGAUACCUGCGGGCAUGCCGGUUUUCCUCGGCAUUCUAGACACGGCACGGGACGCACGAUACUGGCCAACGCGACCGAGCCGGUACGCAACGGGAAAGACGGAUAUUGAGGACUACUUGCCAGAGCGUUGGUUCCGGAAAUCCAAGCAGGAAGGCCAAGGCGGAGCGAAAAGCAGCGUGGCGGACAAGGACGAGGAAGCCUCGUACGACAACAUUGCGGGCCCCACGAUGAGCGAGAAGUUGUUCCGGCCGGUGGCGGGAGCGUACGUGCCGUUUAGUGACGGGGCCCGGAGCUGCAUUGGACGACGGAUCGCGCAGACGGAGCUCAUGGCGACGCUGGCGGUCCUAUUUCGGGGUCAUAGUAUUGAGCUCGCGGUGGACGAUGGCGGGGAGGUGGAGGACAUGGCGGAUGUGCGGGAGAGAAGCGCGGAACGGGCGUUGUAUCUUGAGGCGCGAUGUGUAGCAUUGGAGGCUCUCAAGACGGCACGAACGACGACGACACUGAAACUGGCGGAUGGGCAGCAAAUUGGACUGAGGAUUGCGAGACGUGGAGAAGAGAGAUUUGUGCGGUGGAUGGAUUGA